AUGAGGCAUUCAAGUACAAAUAUAGCCAGACAGAAUAGUAAAAUGCUUUUAAAAUUCUCAAUAAUAGUAGCGAUUCUUUUACUGGGAAUGACAAAAGGAGAGAAAAAUGGUUUUUGCAUCUGUCCUCUAAAUGAAAAUCCAGUAUGUGGAUCUAACGGACGCACCUAUGGCGAUGUACGUUGUUUAGGAAACUGUCAUCCAGAAGUGAAAGUAAUCAAGAGAGGACCCUGUCCGGGCUAUAUAUACCAU